ACAUUUAGAUGACGUUUGACAUAACAUCAUAACCUCAAAAAACUAAAGGAGCAAAGCAGCAACAAGUUCAUAAUUCGCAAUUUUAACAGUUUUAUUAGUGAGAAAUGUCGAAAAACAUACAAAUUCGACUAGCCUCGCAACGUAUCAACACAUCGGUGCCGGGCAAUCAACGUUACCCCAAGAUAUUCACGCCCGGGCAAGUGAUAACGGCUCAAAAUGAAUUCAUGAGAGGACACGGUACUUACGAGGAAAACGGGGAAUUGAAAGCGUCAGUAGCUGGUGUAAGAGAACAAGUCAACAACCUGAUUUCGAUAAGGCCUCUUAAGAGUAGGUACAACGGUGAAAUUGGAGAUGUGGUGGUUGGUAGGAUUACAGAAGUGCAACAGAAACGGUGGAAAGUCGAUACGAAUUCGAGAUUGGAUUCUGCUUUAUUAUUAUCUUCAGUAAAUUUACCGGGUGGGGAAUUGAGAAGAAGAUCUGUUGAGGAUGAGCAUAUGAUGAGGCAGUUUCUGCAGGAAGGAGAUUUGAUUAGUGCUGAAGUACAAAAUGUUUAUUCGGAUGGUUCUUUAUCGUUACACACUAGAAGUUUGAGAUACGGAAAGUUGGGGCAAGGCGUUUUGGUUAAAGUAUUCCCAUCUCUAAUAAAAAGGAGCAAAACACAUUUCCACAAUUUACCAGUAGGGGCUAGCAUAAUUUUAGGAAACAACGGCUUGAUAUGGAUUUGCACGUCGAUAAACAAUUCCGAAGAAAGUGUCGGAGGUUUCGUACAGAAUUUAGAAGAAGUGGUUCCCAGGCAAGAAAGAGAAACGAUAUGCAGGAUAAGAAAUUGCAUUUUGGCUCUGACGCAAAGCAAGAUGAUGUUGUACGAUACCAGCAUCUUGUACGCCUACGAGGAGUCUCUUAAAUACAGCGUAGCUGAAUUAUUAAUACCCGAAGCGAUGUUAGAUAUCGCAAUUCUCACCCAACAGAGACUGACCAUGUUGGAAAACGCUUGAAUUUUUAUGCGAGUAAUGGGGUUUUCCACACAAAAAAUCGAUAAUUCUUGGUAUAAAAUAAUAUAUUUAUAGUUUUUAUACAAAACGUUAUAAUUUGGCAUCUGCUCGUUUCAAAAAAGCGCAUAUCACAGGCACGUGUAUAUCGAAAAUACUGCGUUACGGUAAAACGAAUAAACGUACAAAAUUCUAAUCCAUUUUAUUUUUUUUACCGAAUAUUUUCAUCAAAUUCUUCGACAUGUAAUAGGGCUUCUCCGGCGAUCCGUCGUUUCUCUCGCAAUCUUCCACUAAAAACAUUUAUCUGAUUAUAGAUCGCAGGGUCCCACCCGAGACAUGGUACUUACGAAAACACAAAAAUAGCGUAUCCACGGCGGUCGUGUACACGCUGAAAAACAGCGAAGAUAUCAAAUAGGUGCAAAUCAUAAUGAUAACGACCGGCACGACGCCGUAGUGAAGAUUCGAAUUAUCGAUAAUCUUCGAUGGAAGCAAAUCGGACACGAAGAAAACGUACGAAACGGCGCCCACUCCCAGCGUGAGCGUCACUUUGCUGAGGAAAAACAGGAAAUCCGUCACCUUCAACGUAAAUCAAUCAUUAAUUUUCCAAACGAUGCAUCCUCGAGAGAUAAACUCCUCACCUUGUCCAACACCCACACUCUCAAUAUGUUCCUCAUCAGCAGCAUGAAGGCGCUUUUGGCGCUCGCGCAGAAAUUCUUGCCGUGCACGGCGCACAUGAUGUAGGCGUUCUUGUUGAGGAACUUCAGGAACUUCUCCAGGCAGUAGAAGAAGCACUUGAAGAUGCACAUGAUGGCCCUCGUCAAUUCGUUAUCGUACUGCUUCAGCUUGUGAUCCAAAUACUCGAGCGCCACUCGUAUCAUUCGGCACACGGCUAUUAUUAGGGAUCCGAAGGCUAACGUCCCGAU